AUGUGCUCCUAUAACAAAAUCAACUUUCGCUGCGGGCAUUUCGAGUACCGAAUUGCGGUGUAUUGCCAUUUUGCACGGAAUGACCCCAAUCACCAGUGCUUUGGCGCAUGGACAGUCAAACGUGCUUGGGAUGAGCCUCGAGAAGUUUGCAGAAAAUGCGCAAGGCGGUAA